CAACGUGGCAGCCAGCAAAGCCGGCCUGACGCAACCGCCGGGAAAGCUUCCUCCGCCUCUGGACCGCGCCGGCCAAUAGGAUGCCGCGGAGGGAGUGACGUCACGGUCCGGGGAGCCAAUGGGCGCGCCGCGUGGGGCUGAGGGGCGUCAUUCGCGAGCGGGACGGCGAAGGGGAAGGAUGGUGCCCGUGCCCUCGGCGCCUCCGCGGCUGCUGCUCCUGCCCAACGCCCUCCUGGGCAGGCCCGCAAUCGAGGCCGAGGCUUCUCCGGCCUUGCCUCCGUCGCCGUCGCCGUCGCAGCCGCCGAGGAAGAGGCAGCGCCUCGCGCACCUCAGCCCAGAGGAGAAGGCCCUCCGCAGGAAGCUGAAGAACCGAGUGGCGGCCCAAAGCGCCCGUGACCGCAAGAAGGCCCGGAUGGGAGAGCUGGAGCGCCAGGCCAUCGAGCUGGAAGCACAGAACCAGCGCCUGUCGGAGGAGAACCGCCUGCUGAGGGAGGAGGCGCAGGGAUUGGCCGCCGAGAACCAGGAGCUCCGCCUCCGCCUAGCAGGGCUACACCCAUCGGGAGCAGCAAGGGGCGGGGCCAUCGUGGCCGCGUCCAUCAAGGAGGAGGGGGAAGGGGGCGGGGCUUCAUCCCCGGCUGGGCCGGCUGAGUCCGCAGCACUUGGCCUAAGUGUUCCUCUGCAGAAGGGACAGGCCCAGCACCGGGGAACACCCGACCUCCCCAGGGACACUCCACCCCUCCUCCUCCCUUGGAUACAAUUAUGGAUGAUUCAGGCGCUGAGCCUGGCGUUCUGCUGGGCCUGCUGGAGGGCCUGGACCCGGCGCUCUUCCUCCUGGAACAGGAAGGAGAAGAACAGGAAGAGGAAGUCCUCCUGCAUGGCGGCGUUGGGGGGCGGCCAUUUUGUGCCAUACGGGGCCCCGCUCUUCCUGCUGUGGGGUCCCCAGAACGCGGCCUGGAGACCCCUGAUGGACCCCCCUCCGCUGCCCGCUCCGACAAUGACCACCAGUACACCAAGCCCCUCCCCGACGAGGACGAGGACGUGGUGGCGACCACCAUGAAGCGGGAGGACGAGGAGGCCGAGUUCCCGCUCCCCUCCCCGCUCUCCUCCUUCUUCGAGAUGGAGGCCGAGGACGAGAUGAUGAUGAGGAUGAUGGCGACAACAAUGAUGAAGCGGGAGGAGGAAGAGGCCGAGCUCCUGU